GGCCGAUUGACAGAGUCUCGGAUUUGUUGAAGCACAGUGUCAUUGAUUCCGAAAGAUCCUUUGAGCACAUCGUCGAGGGCGGAUCCAGGAAUGGGAGCGGCGGUGGUGGCUUUGCCGAAGAGGUCGGUGGUGACGAAAUGAAAGCCGGGGCUCUGGCUGUUGAACACCGUAUAGGUGGUGCCUCCGUCGGACCCGUUGGCCAGCCCGAAGUGAGUGAGGCCCUGCGGGACGGUGAACGCGUCUCCCUCCCCGCACCACUUCUCGAAGAGGCGCAGCGGCUUGUUGGCGUCGUAGGGGUCGCUGGCCACGAACGCGAAGUAGAAGCUGCCCUUGACAACGACGGCGAGCUCGACGGCCCGGGGGUGGGUGUGGGGCGGAAUCACGGUGCUGGGCGCGUAGUCGUUGCGGAUGAGCGUGAGGGAGCCGGUGUUGAGGCCGGGCAUGUUGGUCACGCCGGCGAAACUGAAUGUUGAUCCCGGAAAUGCCGCCGGAGAGUGGGAUGCGUUGAGACCGCUUGCGAAGAAGUCCUUUGCUUCGACCUGCGCUGGAUCUUUGCAGAACCGCCCAUUCACGAACACGCCGCUUGUUGAGUUCUGGUCUACGGCAACGCAGUACUCCUGGAGAGGACUCGGGUCGUAUGCACGGCUCCCACCAAAUGAAAACCACCACAAAAAUAUCACUGCAAACCCCCCCAUUUUCAUUUUUAAUUUAUUUUUAUCUUAUUAGCUAGCUGGAGUAUAUAAUGUACUUGUAUGUUAUUAUUAUAGCUAGCUAGCAAUUGAAUUGAAGCGAGCUAGAUGGUGGGUUUCUUCGUUCCUGGAAACCAUGUAUGGUAUUUAUAGUCAUUUCUCUAUGUUCCUACGGGGAUUGGAUGGUAAUUACCCAUUCCAUCGGUAUGUAUGUCAAGAAGA